GCUUUAUCUCAUCGAUUUUAACCAUGCCUUCGAGACCUUUAGUAACAAAUAAGUAGUUAGGCUACAGAUAAUUGUUUCAAUAAAGAAUUUAAAAAACAUACAAAAUGUGCCUAACAUUUUUAGUGAAAUAUAUAUUGUUUUUCGUGAAUUUGGUGUUUGCGCUGGCAGGCGCAGGUCUCGUGGGCGUGGGAGUGGCGGUUCUCCUGCAUAUAUCGGAUAUUCUAGAUCUAAUCCCGGUUAACUUGAACGCUAUUCCCAUCUCCAUCGUCGUGUUGGGCAGCAUCGUCUUCGCCAUUGGGUUCUGUGGAUGCUACGGCGCUAUCAAACAAUCGAAAUGUCUGUUAACUAUGUAUGCAGUGGUAAUGGCAGUUCUGGCUGGAGUGAAGAUAUACCUGGCCACGAUUCUGUUCCGAGGCCUGAACAACAUCAGGGAGACGACUGAAGGCUGGGUGGUGGACGGGUUUGGGAAUCGGGAACUGUUCUCUGCCUUGGAGUUUGCUUUCAGUUGUUGCGGUACCACGGGUCCAUCGUCUUACGGGGGCAUCACCCCAGUGUUACCUCCCACCUGUUGUCCCAGCCCUACCUCCGACGGUUUCUGCCUACCAGCUGACGCGUUCCAAGAAGGCUGCGUGGACAGACUUGCCAGCUACUUCGAGGUCUUCGGAGACGCCAUAGUUGCUGUGAUUGUGGUCGUUAUUACUGCAGAGUUGGUGGCUUUGGUAUUCAGUUUGUAUUUGUGUUGCGCGAGCAAGAAACGAUAAGGACGAAUAAGUUUUUAAAUUAUUUUUUUUACAAUAAUAAUAAAAAAAAAGAAAAACAAUAUUGAUUUGUACUUUCCACAAGAUCUUUUUAUUCUCAUUUUUUGUUUAUGUAGAAUUUAAAGAAAUCCUCUUACAGUGCUCUCGUAUAGACCUCACAAUUCAGCUUCUUAGCUGUUCCCAUAAUAUUUAUAAAUACUUAAUACAGGUAUUUAACGCGCACGUAACAUAUCUAUAAACGUUUAAUACCUUUAUUACAUACAUACAAACAUAUAGUUACGUCUGUAUCCCUUACUGGGGUAGGCAGAGCCAACAGUCUUGAAAAGACCUACAGGCCACGUUCAGCUUUUUGCCUUGAUGAUAGAAUUUAGAUUCAAAUAGUGACAGGUUGCUAGCCCCUCGCCUAAAAGAAGAAUCCCCUUUAUAUACCUAUCCCUUAGUCGCCUUUUACUACAUCCAUGGGAAAGAGAUGGAGUGGUCCUAUUCUUUUUUUUCAUUGGUGCCGGAAACCACACGGUACCUGUAUUAUUUGUAUAGUAAGUAAUAAGUAUAUUGUAACGCGAAAGUUUAAAAUUCUCAUAAUUUUUGGUUGGGCAGCCGAACUAAAAAUUAUGUGUUUCAGACUACAGAACACACAUGUAAGUUGUCUGUCAGUCACUCACUCGGUAACUGAAGAAAAUAAUAUAUUGAUAUAUAUGGGCCGUAUGCUUGUUUAACAACAAAAUAGUAUGAAAAGAGGUUCCGUAAAGUCCGAGUAACGGAACAGUGACCGGUCGCGGAGCGCGGCUCACACGGCGCGCCAAAUGACGUGUGGAAACGAUGCCGGAAUCUGUGCCAAUGUUAGCAGAAACAGCGCUUUACACUUCAAUUCAAGCGAUUGAAUAUCGUCAAUAUAUAUAGUAAGACAGUAGGAAAAGUGUGUCCAUCAGUUUAAUCUAUACUGAUAUUAUAAAGCUGAAGAGUUUGUUUGAACGCGCCCAUCUCAGGAACUAUAGUGGUUCGAGUUGAAAAAUUCUUUUUGCUUUGAAUAGACCAUUUAUCGAGGAAGGCUUUAAGCUAUAUAACAUCACGCUGUAACUAUAAGGAGCAGAGAAAUAAUGGAAUAUGU